UCGUGUAACUCGUUCCGCAUGGUGGAUGUCACAACAAGUGUACAGUCUGCAUUUAUAUCAUAUCAGUGAGCAAUAUACUUAGGCCAACAGUUACAGCUGUUGCUGCUCAGUCAACUCUUUUCAACGAGCUGGACAGGCCGGACAAUCUAGAUAGAUGCCAAGUUCUUGAAUUUUGCCAGUGGAGUUGAUCGACGUACCACCUGCCCCGAACAGACACCAAAAUGAUAAGCCUUGCCCUACUCGCUGUGACGAUUGUGCUGGUCUUGGUUGCUGUCAUUUAUUUGUAUGGCGGGGAAUCAUCGAAGAAAACAUCUGUCCCUGGCAUGGUUUUAACUGAUAAAAGAGAAGGCAAUUUGCCAGAUAUUGCGGCUGCGGGUGGCAUACACCCUUUCCUGGCGAAUCUUCACAAGAAAUACGGACCGAUUGCCUCAUUGUGGUAUGGAACUAGGUACACCGUCAGCAUCGCCUCACCGGAACUCUUCAAGGAGCACAUUGUCCUCUUCGAUCGCCCUCCCGAACUCUUCGAAUUAUUCGCGCCUCUGGCCGCCAACUCCAUUCAGUUUGCAAACAAGGCCGACGGCAAGGGGAGGCGCCAUAUCUACGAUAAGCCUUUUGGCCACGAGAUUCUGAAGUAUUUCUACGAGGCUUUCAAUGAGUCAGCCAAUGAUCUCGUGCGACAGCUUGCAUCUUUGCCAGGGGACGAGCAUCUCCCGGUGAUCAAGCACUGCAAUGCCGUCGCCAUCAAGGGUCUUAUGCAAACGUCGUUCGGAGACUAUUUCCGGGACGACGCUAACAUCACCAAGUUUCGCCACGCUUAUGAAACGUGUUGGGAUGACAUGGAAGCCAGGCUGACUGAAGGGCCGCCGGCUGAAAGCAGCGACAGAGACAAGAAAUUCAAAGAAGCUGUGGCUUACAUGCACGAUACUGUUCGUGAGGUGGUGAAGCAACGUAGAGCUAAUCCAACAGUCGGGCACCAGGUGUUCAUUGAUGUUCUGAUUGAGAAUGAGCUGCCUGAAGAUCAGGUACGAGACGAUUGCAUCACCUUCAUGGUGGCAGGAUUCCACACCUCCGGAUACCUUAUGGCCUGGGCCUUGUAUUUCCUGGCUAAACACCAGGAGUGCCAGGACAAACUGCACCGGGAAAUCAAGGAGAUUGUCGGUUGCGACGAAGUCGAGAGCUCACAUCUCGAAAAGCUCAAUUAUCUCCGUCAUGUGCUUGACGAGAGUCUCCGCGUGUCUGUGGUUGCUCCAUACGCAGCACGUUUUGAUGACAACGAAUCGGAGCUUGGAGGCUACGUCAUCCCUCCUAGGACUCCAGUUUUCCAUGCGCUCGGUGUGGUUCUUCAGGACGAAGAGUUGUGGCCGGAUCCAAAGAAAUUCGAUCCGGAGCGCUUCAGCAAGGGGCGGCUCACGCAACGUCAGCAGGCAGCCUUCAAGCCCUUCGGCUUCGCUGGUAAACGCGUCUGCCCCGGGCAGCAUUACUUCUACGCCGGGGUCUCCACCUCCCUGGCCAUCCUCUGCCGCGCUUUCAAGUUCAACCUCGUUCCCGGGCAGGUGGUGGAGUCCGUCCACGGCCUGGUCACUAAGCCCAAGGAGGAAAUCUGGGUGACGCUGGAGAAGAGGAACUAAGAAGCCUCAUCUUGCCGAAGUGGGGAAAAUUGUUAAUAGCAUAGCAAACGGCAGUGUUGUAGUCGAAGUAGAGUGUAUUUAGUGAAUCAAGUAAAUCACUGGUCAAUUCACAAGUCCAGUCACAAUUAACAGGUUGUUGAACAGUCAAAAAAGAAAAUCUCACUGUCAUUUCAGCGCUUUGUGAGUUGUGAUACAUGAUGUUUUGUGGUUACCUUGAGAUAGAAAUGCGAUGAUUUGUGAUUCAUCACAAGUUCCUUGAUUAAAUAGUAAUACAUGCAAAGUUUUCACACAUUGGUGUUAACGUCAGUACGUGCUAUAUGCAUACAAUAGACGCUGAGUAAAUAUAUAUAAACAAUGUUAAAUUCCUUUUAUUUGUAAUGUAGUACAUUUGAAUUUAUAGAUAAUGGAUUUAAUUUUUGAAUUGGAAUUUUAAUCUGGGAACAUUGAAGGGGCGUACAAAACCACUAAUUAUAGCACAAUGUGCCGAUCGUAUGUGAAAACAAAAGUGCAAGGUAGGAUCAUGCGGAGUAAUUAUGUUGUACUAAUAGUUAAAGAGGAAGUCUCUUUUUUUCUGAACUGAGAUUUUUAAAAUCUGAAGCGUAAACUUCAAAAUUGUCAUGAGGUCAAGCAAUGUGCUGUGCUGUGCUGAGGUUAAACACAUUGUGCUGAAUUGAACGAAUGUAGGCCUAUAAUGAGCUAAUUGCAAUGUUUAGGUUUUUUUUUUCAAUUACAGUCAGUUCGGUCAUUUUGUUUGGGUUUUUCUAAAGAUAAAUGUUCCUUCGUAAUUUUGAAAUUCAUGCAUGAUCAUUAAGUAACCAAACGUUCCUGCGAAUGUUUAUUACUUAUGCAACUUCAAAGUUCUACGCUGUAAUGUUUACGGUUUUUGAAUUGUUCCACGGGUGAACCAAUUUCAAAACCAUCAUGAAACGUGUGCUUAAAUGAAAUUACAGCCCGGGCUUUUGCUCUCAUUUCCUUGCCUCUAUUGUGUACUAUUUAUACAUAAACAACAUUUAUAAACUCAUUUGGUGUCUAAUGUGAAUACAAAAAUUAAAAACAUUAGGCUAAAUGUUUCGCUUGUUCGUAAGAAAUCCAUCUGUACAUCUCGGCUAAGUAGAGGUCCGAUUCCAACUCCAGGAGUCCAGGGACGCCGUUUGGAGAUUUUGUAGAUGGGGCAGGCAUCAGUGAUGUGCUCCAUGGUCUGGAUCUCUCCACACACACAGCCCUAAUCUUCCCGUCUGUAACAUCGUAAUGGACUUGACAAACCAGAAGCAAAAAAUGAAAAGGUUUCGAAACUUGUGAUUAUCUGACUAGAAUUUUUAAAGCUAUACAUUAGCUACACUUCCAGGAAAUUCCCAAAUCUAUUUUAGCUUCAGAGCCCGGCAGAUCAGAAGGCAAUCAAACGAAACCAGAACGGCACCGAGGCCGCCGCGCCACUGACCUACUUCACCGCUGAUGAGUGACAGCGCCCUCUCGUGGUCAACAUACAUUUUGCAGUCGCUUGGUGGUGCUAUUUGAGUAGGAAGUGAAUGAGCGAGGUGUGAUCGCGCGCGAUGAAUCGAUCGUGAACACGACAUGCCAUGACACUGCAGUGUACAUGUUGUAGUGCAUCAAAAUCACAACUGGGCCUAGUCUAGUUUUAGACACUAUUUUGGAGACGUGGCGGUACGGUGCAGAAGCGUGCCUCAUGUGCGACAGCUCUUUGAGCUGAACGCAUAUAGUUUGGAAUUCACGGUAA